GCCAGAAGUGCCUCUGCUGGGUGCUCCUCCGAGGCCCUGCUUUCUCGGAGGCCAGAGGAGGGCGAGCUCUUCAGGGAAAGCCUGGGAAGGCGGCGAUUCGCAGCUCUACCCCAGAGUCCUUUCAGCCAAUAUCCUUGAAGUUGAGGGCGUUGGUGUACCAUGUCGAGUGUGCUUAAUCGGUCGACAUCAAUGAUGAAUGGUGGAGAGAUGUAUCUUGGGGGGGCAACAGGAGAGGGAGGGUCUGGAGACGGAGGGGGGGGUGGCAUGUCUCUCCGUGAAUCAUUAGUAGGUGUGUUAGGGGUACGGCACCUUAGGGAGUCAACAACAUCCUCACCUCUACAGAUAUUUGUGCGAGCUAAGAAGAAGAUCAAUGAUAUAUAUCAGGAGAUUGAAGAAUAUGUUGCAGAAACAACACAUUUCCUGGAAGGGGUACAUAAUGAUAAAGAUCUUAUUGAUGAAAAGGGAUUGCAAGAAUUCAAACUGUACAGUUCGAAAGUUGCAGGAAUACAGGAAGUACUGGCAAGAGACCACAUGAAGGUGGCUUUCUUUGGUCGAACAUCUAAUGGAAAAAGCACAGUAAUCAAUGCAAUGUUAGGGGACAAGAUCCUCCCUUCAGGCAUUGGACAUACAACCAACUGCUUUUUACAGGUUGAAGGUGAUGAUACAAAUGAACCAUAUUUUACAAGUGAAGGAUCUACAGAGAAGCAGAACCUGAAGGGUAUUGGUCAGCUUGCACAUGCUCUCUGCAAUAACAGACUUGGUGAUUCUUCACUAGUCCGAAUUCACUGGCCAAAGUCUAGAUGUCCACUUCUGAGAGAUGAUGUAGUUCUGGUAGACUCCCCAGGCAUAGACGUAUCGGAAAGCCUGGAUGAGUGGAUUGAUAAGCAUUGCCUAGAUGCUGAUGUGUUUGUGCUGGUUGCCAAUUCAGAGUCGACCCUCAUGAACACGGAGAAGAAUUUCUUCCAUAAAGUGUCUUCAAAACUCUCGAAGCCCAAUAUAUUCAUCCUUCAGAACAGAUGGGAUAUGGCUGCAACAGAACCUGAGUUUCUAAAUGAAGUCCGCAAGCAGCACUUAGAACGAACCUUAGGCUUCUUGGUUGAGGAACUCAAAGUUGUCCAAGGACCACAGGCAGAACAGAGAGUGUUUUUUGUUUCUGCCAAAGAAGUUCUUCAGCAGCGCCUUAAUGAAUCUAAAGGCCAACCAAAUAACACCUCAGGGUACCCAGAUGGAUUUACAAGUCGGUAUUUUGAAUUUCAAGACUUCGAAAGAAAAUUUGAAGAAUGCAUCUCAAAGACAGCAGUUAUCACCAAAUUUGAGCAGCACACACAGCGGGGAAAGAGUAUUUCUGGGGAAAUCCAGUUAAUAGUGGGGAGAGUUAUGGAGCGAUCAUGGCAGGAAAGGGAGGAAAAAAUGUCUGAGAGGCACAGCCUUUGGGCAAGGCUGGACCACACAGAGAAAGAGCUGCAUGCCCUUACAACACAGAUGAAGGAAAAGAUUUGUUCCAUUGUGGAAGAUGUAGAAAGGAGAGUAUCAAAUGCACUAAAUGAAGAAAUAAGGCGCCUGUCUGUGUUAGUUGAUGAAUUUAAUGAGCCAUUCCAUCCAGACCCUCUUGUGCUGAAUGUCUUUAAGAAAACGUUGCAUGCACAUGUUGAGUCUGGCUUGGGGUCAAACUUGCGAGCAAGACUUUCCUCUGCUUUGGCUUUGAAUAUUGAAAGUAGUCAAGCAGAAAUGACAAACCGCAUGUUAGCCCUUUUGGGUCCAGAGCGUCGUGACUUAGCAAAUACGAUGCUCCCAAGGAGAGAACCUUUUGAGAUUCUGUAUCGCUUGAAUUGUGAAAACUUGUGUGCUGAUUUUCAGGAAGAUAUAGAGUUUAAGUUCUCUUUGGGCCUGGUGUCCCUGGUUCAGAGAGUCUUAGGAAAAGCUAGCAACAGAAUAGUGAACUCUAGACACAAAGAAGGUAUUCCAAGAAGUGUGCCAAUGACGCCUCUGACUCCAAGCAAUGAACCUCAGUUUGGUGUGUCUCAGGAUGACUGGUCAAUCAUCAGUCGCUUUGCUCUGGCCAGUGUAGGCUCCCAGGGUACCAUGGGCCUUGCACUUGCAUUUGGAUUGAUGUUCAAGACUGUUGGCUGGCGGCUGAUAGUGCUAACCGGUGGGGUGUAUGGAUGCCUGUAUGCCUAUGAAAGGCUGACUUGGACCAACAAAGCAAAGGAGCGUGUUUUCAAGAAGCAGUAUGUAGAUCAUGCCACGCGCAAGUUAAGACUGAUUGUGGAUCUAACUUCGCAUAACUGCUCUCAUCAGGUUCAACAGGAAUUAAGUGGCACCUUUGCUCGCCUUUGCCGCCUUGUUGAUGAGAGCACAAGUGAGAUGCAGAGAGAUGUGCGCUCUUUGGAGCGAGAAGUACAGCAGCUUGAGGAUAUCUCAGCAACAGCAAAGAAGUUACGGAACAAGGCACACUACCUGGCUAAUGAGUUAGAUAUCUUCCAGCAGACAUACCUCUCUUCGGAUGAAUGAGUCAUUUGUGUGUGUGUGUCUUGCUGUGUAAAAGAUAGGUCUACUUAAUUUGUACUUGCACACAUACUCUUUGUAAUGAAUAUCCAUUUCCAUUAUUUUGUUAUAGUUAGUUAUAUGUAAAGAAUAAUAUCUUCUAAUGUCAGAUAAGUGACAUACUUGAUAUUGAUGAGCCAUAAUAAUGGCCUAAGCUUUAGGUGGUACAAACAUGUAAGAUUUUAUAAAAGGUACUAUAGACAACAUUAUUCCACUUCUGCUGGUUUUGAAGCUGUUGAUCAUUGGUGUUCUGAAUUAUUUCUUUUUGGUUGUAUGUGUUUUGGUCAAGCCAUAUCAUUUGACAUUUAGUUCCUGCCAUUCUUUAAAAACCUGAGAAAGUUGUACAUUAGGAGGGAGAGAGCACUGUAAAAGGUUGCUGGAUGGAAUACUUACCCACAAAGCGUUAUAGUCAUCAAUAUAAGGUUAAUGUCUCAUUCAAGUGGAAAUAAAGUGAAUAAAAUUAUCAAGAAUAUGAAUUGGUCUUGAUACAAGUGGGAAUUCUAAAAGUUGUAAUAUAUAUGUGCCAUAUUCCCCCAAAUUUUAUAAAUUGUAAAACAUUAUAGUAGGUGUGUAUAUAAUGGUGCAUUACAGCAAGUGAGAAAGUUACCCAGAUUUUUUGCUUGAGAUUAGGCAAAAACAUUCUUGUAAAUACUGUCUUGCUAAGAUUUUAAUGAUGCUGAAAGCACAUGCAUGAUAAGCUUGAAGUAUGAACCUCACACAAAAUGUUGUGUUUUUCAAGUGUUUCUGGCUAGCCUAAAGCAAAAAGUCUGUGUUAGGGUACUUGCCAAUUAACAUCAUCAGUCACAUUCAGCCACUUGGUAAACUCUGCUCCAGUCAGAUUUACUUCUGCAGAUCUAUAAUAGUAUCUGUAAGUAAAUAACAUUGAAGUUAGAGAUUGCCAUAAUAUAUUUGAAGUUGAAGUUGUUGUACUUACGGACUCAUAACAUAACAUAUUUAAUCAUUGCUUACCACGAAGCCUGUGUCAUGAAGUUCAUUUGUAAAUAAUCCAGAAUAUUUGGUCUCAGAAUUAUCACUCCAAGCUUGAGCAAACUUCAAAUCUCUCUUCAUAUGACAAGAGAAGUAGUUGGGCAUGUAAAAGGCUGUAUUCUUUGAUCAGUCUUGAGCUACUGCCAUAGUUUAAGGAAAAAAUAAAAAUUCAUAAAUCUAUUAUAAAGGAAACUUGUCCUCUGAGAGAUCAUUUACAUUAUUAGUGAUAUUUUUUGCUAAAUUUAGAAAUCUAACUGAAAUUGAUUUAUCAGUAAAGAAAGAUCAGUCAUAUAUAAGAAUAUUAACUGGGAAGUAUAUCUAUGAUAUUUUGUACAGAUUUGCUUCCUUUAUAUUAAUGUAAAGAUUUACAUGUGUUAUCCCAAUUGUAUACUGAUCAUGCACUCCAGGCAUUUGUGCUGAUGCUAGCAUAUAUGCCCAAUGAAUUUUCAUUCAGAUGACAAACAAAUAUAUAUCAUUUAUGUCUGUUCAUUGGUCUGGUUUAAAAUCACCCCUCAGGACUCCCAUUUUGAUUUGCACAUAAAGAAUGACAAUUACCAAUUAACUUCAGUACAUCAGACCUCACAAAGUAAUUUGGGUUUCAUGAAUCCAUGAAGCUAGUAAUUUAUAUGUAAGUUUUAUUUUUUUUUGUUGACAACACUUUUCAGUAACAAUGAAUGAUACAAACUAAAAUAAUGAGUGUAUGGAUGUUGGCAGCAUUUCAGUAUGUCUGUAUACAUUUAUGCCUAGUUCUGUUAUUUCAAUUUUUUCUCUUUCUCUCUGGUUCUUUCUUUUCAGGGGCUGUGAGUGUGAUAUAAUUCCCUUAUAGGUUAUUUCCCUUUUGUUUUAAGCCACACUCACAUUGCCAUUGUAACCGCAGUUUGUGAAGAUUAUAGACUGAAUUUGCCAUAGGUUACUGAGUUUGCUCAUAUCACAUACUAGCAAAAAUAGUCAUUUUACAUUUUAAAACUUAGAUGCUGUGUAUACAUUAUUCAUAUAUUUAUGAAAUAUGAUGCCCAAUAAACAUAGCUUAGUGACUAUCUUCUUUGAUGUAAAGUCAAACUUUUUUAUAUUGCGGAGUACAGUUUCAAAUAAGGUCUAAAGGUUAUUCAAAUAUGGUUUCAGUUUCAUAAGUUAUUUAAAAUUAGCUAGAAGGAAAUUCAUAGUGUCACUCGUCAAAGCCUCUUGUAAGUUUAAUUUGUGCAUUGUAUGAUGUGUGUAAAAGUUCUUUUCUUAGAUAAAGCAUUGACUCAAAGGAAAUAUUGUCUUUAGGUUCUUCUUUGGAGCAAUAUUUUGUAAGUAUUAUAGAUAUUGCUUAUAUGUUAAUGUUUGAACUAUAAUAGAUUAAUUCUGGUUUGUCAUUGGGUGUUUAAAGAAGUGAAAUGUGCAGUUUGAGGCAACUAUUGAAAUUAUAAUUGCAUUGUGUUCCUUUUGUAGUAUGAUGUAUUAGGUUCUAGUCAAAUGUGUGAAUGUCUGCAGAAAAUGCUGAGGAAGCCUGGUAUAUGACAUUGAAAAUCUGUUAACAUGUAAUUCUUGUAAGACAGGUUAUAAGCCAUUUUGAAAUUGUUAAGUUUGAAGUUUCAUAAGCAUUGUAUAGCAUGAGUUUUUUCAUAUUGACUUAUUUAGAUCUGACUUCAAAGAGUCCCCUGAAAAAUUCUAAUGACUGAUAUUUGACCUUGUUUAUGAGAGUGGUUGUAAAGUAGUCAAGGUUCAUUAUUCUUUACAUAUUGGUAAUAUAUUAUUAAUGUAUAUGAAACUGUUGUGAAUGUUAUUUCAUAGAAAGAUAUAUAUGUAUAUACUUCAGUUAUUAUUUAUUUUAUUUUUCUUAUUAGGUGAUGAUGGUUUGAGAACUGCUUGUUGCCAUUUGAGGAACCAUUGCAACCGUCAUGUGAUAGUCACUUUAAACUCUUAGAAAUGUACAGUCUAUUGUAGUGUAAAUAUUAUUAACUGGGUGAAGUUAUGUGGAGGAAAUAGAUAAUUUCCUAUUAUCUUUAGUUUUAAUAAUCCCCUAAUUAUUGAUUCUCUCUCUCUCUCUCUCUCUCUCUCUCUCUCUCUCUCUCUCUCUCUCUCUCUCUCUCUCUCUCUCUCUCUCUCUCUCUCUCUCUCUCUCUCUCUCUCUCUCCCCCCCCCUCUCCUUUCAUAUUCUCUUUCACUUUCUCUUUCUCAUUCUUGUUCUCAGCAGAAAUAGCCAGUUAUUGUGGGGGCACUGGUCAUCAAAGUACUAUUGUGUCAUCCUUUCCAAACUUCAGGUUGAACACCUCAUUUCAAAAGAGUCACUUGUGACAUUGAAGAUGUAAGCCUUAGUGCACUUGUACCAUUGAUUUUUUUUUGCAGGAACCAAUUCCUGCAAAGUAAGAAAAUUAAGAUGAUCUUGUCAUUUUCGGUGUUAAAUUCAUUCCGAGACUCGAUAUUUAUGGAAAUAUGUACAUGAAAACUUGUAAAAUAAAAGGUCCUCAAACAA